AUGGUUGUCAUUAGAGAGCUUCUCAACACCGUUGUGUUUGCGAUGGGACUGUUGGCCGGCCUACGCUCGAGGAAGCUCAACGGACAGUAUAUUGGUGUUAUGAUUACAGCCAGCCAUAACCCGGCUGAGGACAAUGGGGUUAAGUUGGUUGACCCGAUGGCCGAAUGGGAGGUCUUUGCUACUAGAUUGGCAAACGCUCCUCUAGAGACUCUCGGAGAGGAAUACGCGAAACUCGUCGAUGAGAUAGAGAUAAAAAUGGACAACCCUGCCCGUGUGGUCUUCGCCAGGGACACUCGAGCUUCUGGAGCUAGACUUGCUACUGCCCUCAGUGCGGCCAUGGCUGCCUCAGAGGUUGAGGCCACUGAUUUCAAGUACUUGACUACUCCUCAGCUACACUACAUUGUUCGCUGCAAGAACACCCUAGGAACUCCCUAUGAGUACGGGGAGCCUACUGAGAAAGGCUACUACGAGAAACUUAGCGAAGCAUUCAAGAAGGUCAUGAACGGACGCACCACCGCUGGCUCAGUUACUGUUGACUGCGCCAAUGGUGUUGGUGGCCCGAAGCUUGCUGAGCUCGUCAAGUUCUUGCCCUCCGCUAAGGAUGGUGGAUUGGAUAUCACUGUUAUCAACGAUGACGUUAUCAACCCUGACAGACUGAACUUCGAGUGCGGAGCCGACUACGUGAAAACGAAGCAACGCGCUCCACCUUCGUCCAAGGCCGUGGCACAGGACCGAUGUGCCUCCCUAGACGGUGAUGCUGACCGAUUAGUGUACUACUACAUGGAUGCCAGUGGCGUCUUCAGACUCCUUGACGGUGACCGCAUUGCCACUCUUGCUGCUUCCUUCAUUGGCGAGCUCGCAAAGAACGCCGGACUUUCCAACAAGAUCAAAAUCGGCGUGGUCCAGACUGCCUAUGCAAAUGGCUCUAGUACCGAAUACAUUGAAAAGGUCCUCAAGCUCCCUGUUGUUUGCACGCCUACUGGUGUCAAGCAUCUCCAUCACGCUGCCAUGAGAUUCGAUGUUGGCGUCUACUUCGAGGCCAAUGGCCACGGAACCAUUACUUUCUCUGAAAACGCUCUCAAGACGAUUAAGACAGCCGAGCCUCAGUCACCAGCCCAGAAGUACGCUUUGGAGAGCCUUGUUGCUAUGACAGACCUCAUCAACCAGGCAGUUGGAGAUGCUCUAUCUGACAUGCUUUUGGUCGAGGUCAUCUUGGCCCACAAGGGUUGGACCCUGAAAGAAUGGGUUGCAACAUACACUGAUCUACCCAACAAAUUGGUCAGGAUCGAGGUCCCAGACCGCUCUAUCUUCAAGACCUACGAUGCUGAGCGGAAACUCCAAUCCCCUGCCGGUCUCCAGCAGCGUAUUGAUGACCUCCAAUCUCGUUACAACAAGGGUAGAAGCUUCGCUCGUGCCAGUGGAACGGAGGACGCAGUUCGCGUUUAUGCUGAAGCAGCCACCCGGUCAGAGACUGAUGAUCUCGCUAACAGAAUUGCUGCUGUUGUCCUGGAAGCUGGCAAAGCUGCUGCUGGGCAGUAA